AUGGUAGUGUCAGACAGUCUCACAAAGUAUAGCCAUUUUAUUGCACUAAGCCACCCCUAUACAGCUGCUUCAGUUUCUACCAGGUUCAUAGAUACUGUUUUCAAAUUGCAUGGCAUGCCAAAGUCCAUUGUUUCUGACAUAGACAGUAUUUUCAUCAACAAUUUCUGGCAAGUGUUAUUUGCUAAGGUAGGCACUUCCCUGCAUCUCAGCACUUCAUAUCAUCCACAGACUGAUGGACAGACAGAAAGGGUGAAUGCUUGUGUGGAAUCCUACUUGAGAUCCAUAUAUGGCUAUCCACCACCACAAUUUGGAGUCCUUUCUGCUCAGGCAGGCAUUCAUGCUGCAAUUGAUUAUUUACAGCAGAGACAGGAAAUGGGAAAAGUCCUCAAGGAAGCCUUGGAGUCUGCACAACACAGAUUCAAGCAAAAGGCAGAUAAAAAGAGAUCAGAAGGAUCAUUCAAUGUACUUGCCAAGAUGGGUGUUGUAGCUUAUCAGCUGAAGUUACCAUCAGGCACUAGGAUUCAAUAUACAUUUCAUGUAUCACAACUGAAGCCUAAGAUAGGAGUUGGAGUAGUAGCUCAGACUCACUUGCCCUCAACUGACAGCAAUGGCCAACUGCAGAUGACUCCAGAUAGUGUACUAGCUACCAGAAGUAUUCAAAAGAACCAACAAGCUAUAUCCCAAGUUUUGGUGAAAUGGAAGGGUUUAACUGAUUUUGAAGCUACCUGGGAAGACAGCCAGCUCAUGAAGACACAAUUUCCAAAAUUCAUCCUUGAGGACAAGGAUGUUGUGGAGUAG